ACCACUUAAGGCAUCACGAAUACCGCAUCUCACCUUUGGCAAUUUCAAGGAAGCAGAUGCAGAAAAGUUGAAGUAGUCACAGCCACCUGCGAACACAUUCAGGAGACGUGAGGACGCCGUGUGAAUUUGGUUUUGACGCCAAAACAAUGACGAGAGGAGAUGAUGCAUACAUCAGCAAGGUACUUGAUGGAGCACAUCAAUUCUAUGUAAACAAUUCUGGUCAGGAGGCUGUAGAAAGAGUUCAACAUGUUUCAUCUGAUUAAGAAAGAGAAAGAAAAGGAGAAGAAAGACAAGAAAGAGCGUAUGUCCCCGGCGGAAUUGAAGAGUCUGGAAGAAAUGAGCAUUCGCCGAGGCUUCUUCCACCUCAAUCGAGGGAGCUCCAAGAAGGAAUCAAGGUGCAAGUUGGAGAUCUCUGGUCCGAUUCCGAUUAAGGUGGUCAGCGACCUGGAUGUCAGCCUGACAGACGUAAAUGCUGAGCACCUCAAUAGCUGGAGCACCUCAGCGCCGGAUGCGGGAAGCAGUGAAGAUGCCACAAUACCGGUCGACCAGGACCACAUACGAAGCUCUGUAAAGGAGAGAGCGGCUAAGUUUGGUGAAUUAGCCAAGUUAACUUCUGGGAUUGCCUCCAGGUAUCCUUCCCCCGUCCAGAGAAACUACACAUUUGAUGCUUCCAGAGUUUCGGUUCAGAAAUCAAGGCCGCAAUAUCUCCGCCAAGGGAGCAGACCUCAAAACAUUUUAAGGGUUCACAUACCCGAGGUAGUCGAGAAAACCUUCCCAGGUGUCGACUUACAGUUGCCGGUGCUUGUCGCUCCCCCAGAACCGGUUCCCAGAGAACUGAAGUUAAAGCGUCGCAACACAGGUGAUUUUGGCUUCUCUUUGAGGAGGACCACCAUGCUGGACAGGCAGCCCGAUGGAGACGUGUGUCGGAGAGUGGUCCACUUUGCCGAGCCCGGCGUUGCAGCCAAGGACCGGGCCCUGGGCCUGUUGCCGGGAGACAGGCUGGUGGAGAUCAACGGGAUCAAGGUUGAGACCAAGAGCAGGGAUGAGAUCGUGGAGAUGAUCCGUCAAUCUGGGGAGUCUGUGUUGCUGAAGGUGCAGCCCAUUUUGGAGCUCAGCGAGGUGAACCGCAGCUGGCUGAUGACCUCAAAAGCACCGUACAACGAUGGCUUCAGUGCAAAGAAUGAAGAGAACAUUGCAGCCGAGAGAGCUUGGUACCACACGGAAAAAGUGUGGCUCGUCCACAAGGAUGGGUUUUCUUUGGCCACACUCUUGAAGACAGAAGCAGGCAGUCUGCCCGAGGGGAAGGUGAAAAUACGCCUGGAGAGUGACGGAUCUUUAUUAGACGUAGAUGAAGAUGACAUCGAGAAGGCGAACCCACCGUUGUUUGAGCGAGCGGAGGACCUGGCCUCUCUUCACUACUUGAACGAGUCCAGCGUGAUGCACACCCUGCGGCAGAGAUACGGCGGCAACCUGGUGCACACCCACGCUGGGCCCAACAUGCUGGUCAUUAACCCCGUUAGUGCUCCUUCCAUGUACUCUGAGAAGGUGAUGCAAAUCUUUAAAGGCUGCAGAAGUGAGGACACCGCCCCCCAUAUUUACAGCAUGGCUCAGUCUGCCUAUAGGAAGCUCUUGACCACUCGCCAGGAUCAGGCCGUAGUCUUACUGGGCAAGAGCGGCAGCGGCAAGACGACAAACUGUCAGCACAUCAUUCAAUACCUGGUCACCAUUGCUGGCAGCACCAACAAAACCUUCUCCAUGGAGAAAUGGCAGGCGGUGUACACCGUUUUAGAGGCAUUCGGGAACGCGUCCAGCUGCAUGAACGUCAAUGCCAGCCGCUUCUCCCAUGUUGUUGCUUUGGAUUUCGACCAGUCAGGCCUGGUGACCUCAGCUUCUAUCCAGACAAUGCUCCUGGAGAAGAUGAGGGUGACAAGAAGACCAGAGGGCGAAUCCACUUUUCACGUGUUUUACUACCUAAUGGCCGGUGUCGACAGCUCUCUUAGAACUGAGCUGCACCUGAACCACUUUGCUGAAAACAAUGCUUUUGGGAUCAUACCUCAGACAAAGGUGGAGGACAAGCAGCGGGCAUCCCAACAGUUUUCCAAGCUGCAAGCAGCCAUGAAGGUUCUGGGAGUUAGUAGUGAUGAACAAAGAGCUCUUUGGCUAGUCCUUGGGGCCAUCUACCACCUGGGAGCUGCAGGGGCAACUAAAGCUGGCAGGAAACAAUUUGCACGCCACGAGUGGGCCCAGAAGGCGGCCUACCUGCUGGGUUGUACCCUGGAGGAGCUCUCCUCCUCCAUCUUCAAGCACCAGGCCAAGGGCACCCUGCCCAGAGCCGCCAGCCUCCGCCAGACUUCGGCCGAAAAUGGCACAGCGGAUGCAGUAGGUUCCAAAGCUUCAGCCAUGGAAUGUUUAGAGGCAAUGGCCACUGCACUGUACUCUGAACUCUUCACUAUCCUCAUUUAUUUAAUAAACCGGGCCUUGAAAUCCAGCCAGCUUCCCUUGUGCUCUUUGCUCGUUGUGGACACGCCGGGCUUUCAAAACCCUCGGCUGGUAAAGCUCGAUCGCGGCGCCACGUUCGACGACUUGUGCCACAACUACACUCAAGAACGUCUGCAGACGCUCUUUUACCAGCGCACCUUCGUUCAGGAGCUGGAGAGAUACAAGAGGUGGGAGCAUGAAAACAUCGACGUUGCCCUCGAUGACACGGAACCAAACACAUCUUUGACUGUGGCAGUGGUGGAUCAAGCAUCAAGCCAAGCACUUGUGCGCAGCGGCCGGACAGACGAGGCCCGCGGGCUCCUGUGGCUGAUGGAGGAGGAGGUUCUGCAGCCUGGGGCGUCAGAGGAAAACUUACUGGGUCGCCUUUUUAGCUACUACGGCCCCGGUGAAGGCGAGAUCAAAGGUCACACUUUCCUCCUGAAGAGCGAAAAAGAUAAUCACUUCCUGCUGGGCCACAGUCACGGGACUGACUGGGUAGAGUACGAUGCCCGUGGGUGGCUUAACUACGCCAAGCAAAAUCCCGCCUCGACCAAUGCGACACGCCUCCUGCAGGACUCCCAGAAGAAGAUCAUCAGCUCUUUGUUCAUGAGCCGCCGAGCAGGUGGAGCCACCGUUCUGUCAGGUUCCAUCGCAGGUCUUGAGGGCGUUUCGCAGCUGUCUUUGCGACGGGCCUCCAGUUUGAGGAAGACCUUCACUUCAGGAGUGGCUGCUAUCAAGAAGAAGUCCGUGUGCAUACAAAUAAAGCUCCAAGUGGAUGCUCUGCUUGACAUGGUGCGGAGGUCCAGAAUUCACUUUGUUCACUGCAUAUUGCCCAAGGCGGAUGCUCUUAAGCCUCUGAGUGGAUCCUUCUUCAAAGGUGUCGAAAUCGAGACUCACGGGGAGGGUGGAGAAUGUGCUUUAAUGCAGCUGGAUGUACCUUUGCUCCGUGCUCAACUGCGUGGAUCCAAACUCCUUGACGCUCUCCGGAUCCAUAGACAAGGAUACCCCGACCACAUGGUGUUCGCGGAGUUUCGCCGGCGUUUCGAUGUGCUGGCGCCGCACCUCACCAAGAAGCACGGGCGGAAUUACAUUGUGAAGGACGAGCAGAGAGCAGUGGAGGAGCUUCUGGAGUCCUUGGAUUUGGAGAAGAGCAAGUACCACAUGGGUGUGAGCAGGUUGUUCUUCAAAUCUGGAAUCUUGGCUAAUUUGGAGGAACAGCGGGAUGAGCAAACAAAGCGUAAUCUAAUCCUAUUCCAAGGUGCUUGCAGAGGUUAUCUGGCACGACAAGCCUUUAAAAAGAGAAAGAUUCAGGAUCUAGCAAUUCGUUGCAUCCAGAAGAACAUCCAGAAAAAUCGUGGCGUCAAAGACUGGCCAUGGUGGAAGCUGUUCACGACAGUCCAGCCACUCAUUAAAGUGCAGCUCACUGAGGACCAGAUGCGGAGCAAAGAUGAGGAGAUCCAAAUGCAGAAGUUAAAGUUGGAGAAGGUGGAGAAAGAGCGUAACGAGCUGAGACUCAACACAGAUCGACUGGAGAGCAGGAUUGCAGACUUGUUGGCAGAACUCACUGAUGAGAGGAGCACUAGUGACUCAGCAUCCCAGCUGCUGGAGAGCGAGACAGCUGAGAGACUACGCUUGGAGAAGGACAUUAAAGAGCUGCAGGAAAAGUUCGACGCUAUGAAGAAACAAAUGGAGGCACAGGAGAUGGAGGUGAUGGAAGCUCGGUUGAUGAAAACAUCAGAGCUCAACGGGGAGCGCGACGACGACGACGACGAUGAUUCCGGGGGUGAGUGGCGCAUAAAAUACAACAGAGCCAUUCGGGAAAUGGAGUUCACCAAAAAGAAACUCCAGCAAGAGUUUGAUGACAAGAUGGAAACGGAGCAGCAGAGCAAAAGACAUCUUGAGAGAAGGAUGGCCGAUUUGAAGACAGACAAUGAGGAUGUGCAGCACUCUGUGCAGCAGCUGAAGAAGAAGUGCCAGAAAAUGACGGCUGAACUGCAGGAUACCCGACGUCAUCUGGAGGGCCUCCAGAGCCGCAACCACGAUUUGGAAAAGAAGCAGAGGAAAUUUGAUCUUGAGCAGAACCAGGCCCAGUCUGAGGUACAAAGAGAAAGGAGUCUGAGGGAGAAGUUGGCUCGAGAGAAAGACAUAAUGGCAACUGAGAUAUUCAACAUCCAGCAGCAGCUUCAGGAAAAGGACGCUGACUUGUGCGCUGCCAACAUCAAGGUGCAGCAGCUGGAGGCCGAACUGCAGGAUCUCUCUUCACAGGAGUCCAAGGAUGAAGCAUCGCUGGCCAAGGUCAAGAAGCAGCUUCGUGACCUUGAGGCUAAGGUGAAAGACCAAGAGGAGGAGCUGGACGAGCAGGCCGGAACCAUCCAGAUGCUGGAGCAGGCUAAGCUACGGCUCGAGAUGGAGAUGGAAAGGCAGCGACAGAGCCACUCGAAAGACAUCGAGAGCAAGGAUGAGGAGGUGGACGAGAUCAGACGGUCCUGCAGUAAGAAGUUGAAACAGAUGGAGGUGCAGCUGGAGGAAGAAUACGACGAUAAGCAAAAAGUGCUGCGCGAGAGGCGUGAGCUGGAGUCCAAACUGCUGAGCGCACAGGACCAGGUGAGCCACAGGGACGUGGAGAGUGAGAAGAGGCUGAGGAAAGACCUGAAGAGAACCAAAGUCCUGCUGGCUGAUGCUCAGAUUAUGCUGGACCACCUGAAGAGCAACGCCCCUAGCAAGAGAGAGAUCGCCCAGUUCAAAAAUCAACUGGAGGAGUCCGAGUUCACUUGUGCGGCGGCGGUGAAGGCCCGGAAGAGCAUCGAGUUGGAGAUGGAGGACUUGCACAUUCAAAUGGAGGACGUGGCCAAGGCCAAACUGUCGUUAGAGGAGCAGGUGAGCCGCCUUCAGCGAGAGAAGAACGACAUGCAGACUCGCACAGACGAAGACCAGGAGGACAUGAACGAACUGAUGAAGAAACACAAAGCUGCCGUCGCUCAGUCUGCCAGAGAUUUAGCCCAGAUCAGUGACCUGCAGGCCCACCUGGAGGAGGCCACUAAGGAGAAACAGGAGAUUCAAGAAAAGCUUCAUUCGCUGCAGAGUCAGCUGGAAUUUCAGGAACAAUCCAUGGUGGAAAAGUCUCUUGUGAGCCGUCAGGAGGCCAAGAUCCGUGAGCUGGAAACCAAGCUGGAGUAUGAGAGGACACAGAUCAAACGUUUGGAGAACCUGGUGGGUCGUCUGAAGGAGAACCUGGAGAAGACGUCCGAUGAAAGAAACCAACACAUUGCCGCAGAGUCUAGAGAGAAGGAGCAGAAUAAAAGGAUGCAGAGACAAAUAAGGGAUAUCAAGGAAGAAAUGGCUGACGUGUCCAAGAAGGAAGCUGAGGCGAGCCGAAAGAAACACGAGCUGGAAAUGGACAUUGAGAGCUUAGAGGCGGCAAAUCAGAGCUUACAAGUGGAUCUCAAACUGGCCUUCAAGAGGAUAGGCGACCUGCAGGCUGCCAUCGAGGACGAAAUGGAGAGCGACGACAACGACGACUUAAUCAACAGUUUGCAAGACAUGGUGACAAAGUAUCAGAAAAGAAAGAACAAAACUGGUCAAGAGACAGAUACAGAUUCUGAGGUGGAGGAGCGUGUGGAUGGGGUCAAGUCUUGGCUCUCAAAGAACAAAGCUUCCUCUAAGGCCCAGUCGGAUGACGGAAGUCUGAAGAGUGCCAGAUAUGCUGCAAAUGCAGAUGCCAAAGAUGUGAAAGAGGUUAAGGAAAAAACGAGUGAUGGAAGUCCAGAUGGCAAAGACGUAGAUCAGAACAGAUCCUUGUCUGUCAUGAGCUCCCUGAGCUAUCGAAAGCGUUCAAACCUUAAAGACUCCAUCGGCGGGACAGGUGACGAGAGCUCCCUCUUUAAUGCGCUAAAAGAAAAUCCGGACACCUCUGACCGUAGCUCAAUCCGUAUAAGCAAAUCCAAAUCUGGAGAUCUCCAGGAGGACUGGAAGAAGAGCCAAGCACAGGAAGACUUUGAUGACAAAGGCUCUGUCAUUUCUAUGGCCUAUUCUGAGGCCACCAGCAGAGCGAGGAAAGGUUUGGAGUCACGCUGGACCUCACGAAGCAGCCCUGAGUUUGAUAAGGACUCCACUAUCUCUUCUGCGGCUCCGAGCAGGAUGUCCACCAGAAGGGCGAUGUUGGAUGAUGACGACAUCAAGUCCACCUUCAGCAGCGCGAGUCGUUCUAGCCCAGGAUCAUUGCACCGUAGUAACUCCUGGAAAGACGACAAGCGCAGCAGUUCUCGCCUGUCUCUCGCUCGCAGCUGCGGCCUGAGUGAGUUCGGUGUACAUGUAGAUGAUGAUGACAAUGAGGAUGGCCGAAGUGUAGUUCUUCCUGAACGAGGGACUUCCCGUUAUAGUCCUCGUUCCACACCCCGUAGUUUCUCUACCCCGGCCCGACCGCGCUCUUCCGAUGGCAACCCACCAGAUACGUCUGACAUCAAGCCGGUCACACAUAGAAAUUAUUUAGACCCUGAUUUGGAGGCCGCCAUCAAUGAGGUGCUCAGCUUCAAACCCAUCAAGUUCAAGCGUAGCAAGCUUGAGUCCAGUGAUGAAGAAGCAGAUGAGAAGGGCCUGGCGAGCAAGGACGGAAGGAAGGAUGAAAGGCUUGGGUGCGGUAAAUCCAGCUUGCUCCGCUCUGCAUCCAGUUCUGCUCUGGACUAUUCCACUCGGCCAUCAAGCACCUUUGGUACAAGUCGCAAAGAGAAAAACAGGAAGCUCACUCAGUCGGAUGACUCUUCUUCUGACGACCAUCACAGAAGGAAAAGCUCAAGAAGAAAGAAGGGUAAAAAGCAGAAGAAGAGAUCCAAGAAAAAAGAAAGUGAGUCUGAAGAUUCCUCUUCGUCAUCAGAAUCAUCUGAAUCGUCCUCGUCAGACUCCACAGUCUCUUACCGCAGCUCGAACAGUGUUAAAAAGAGCCCGAAACUGCCAUCUGAAGACGAAAAGGGAAAUGUGAGCGGCGGAACACCCAGGAAGAAGAAUAGCAAGAGGAAACAGAAGAAGAUGGAUAACCUGAUGAUGAAGUACCUCUACAGGCCCGACAGUGACUGAUGGCAACAAAUGAAGGUGAUCUGCUUGGCAUGACAAUAACCCCGGAGGCUGAAACACGUCCUGGAUCACUCACUGAGCCAACUAACCGACUAACUCCUGUCCUAUUUCUUCUCAUAUGGAAACACAUUUGCUGUGUGAUUUCAUUGGUUAUUUUGUUUCUUAAACCUGCAAGGCUACUUUAUAUUCCUGCAGUCCCGUGGCCAACGACGCCCAAAUUGCAUCACCUGACCCACGCACUGCCCGAUGGAGCAGCUCUGCGUAGCUUAUUGCGCGCACGUCCAAAAAAGGUUGCUGCAUGGAGAAAGCUGCGGAGCUCAUCUCUCGUGAUUGACCCGUUUGAGUCACAUGCUGUGAUGACAUGCGCAGCAUUCCUCCUAUGCCCCUGCCUUUUCGAUCGAUUUUGCAGAAUAAUUAAAACGCAUCAUGCGGUCAUUUUGGUCCCUUUGUUCAAGCAGACACGCUUCCACGGUCGCCAUCGUCAUUACUUUGUUCCUUGUUACCGAAAGGAAAGUGAACGCACGUUGGCCAACAUGUCGCACUUGUUUUUUUUUUCCAGCAACAGUUAAACCAGAGAAGCAAUCAACACCUUGGAAUCUCAGCUGUCCCUUUCAAAUCAAUUUUACAUUAUUCCAUUUCUAUAUUUCUUAGUUUUAAAAGGCAUCAGCAAAGCUUGGGAACUUUUAUGCUGUGCCGUCUUUUAUUGAUUUAAUAAUGUCUAAGGAGCGUGGAGCUUUUACAGGUGAAAAAUAACCACGUAUGUUUGAUGACUGUAACAAUCGUUAUUUGGAGUGUUAUUCCACUAUUCUUUCCAUUGAGUGGUUUACUGUCUGUUCCACCGCACUGUAUGUUUACACCCUUGACAUGUUUUUAAUAACAUUUACAAUACUUGCAUGUUUUUAAGGUCUAUAAACACUUUUAAAACAAUACAAGCACAUUUGAAAGUAAUAUAUUGAGAAGGCGAUGGCGAACAAGAACAAUGAAUAAUACAAAAAUACUGUACAAACAGUCUAAAAAAAUGGUAAUAAUUGUAAUACCUGUAAAAAGCAAAUUAUUGGGGCCACGAUACAGAUGGGGUUUACUGUAUGGACAUAUUCAGACAUGGGUAAAACUAUGCAAAAGUUAGCCUUAAUUGUACAAUAUCAUGUAGUAACAUACAGUGUAUUCACUUUCUAUUAGGUAAAUAGAAAAAUAUUAAAAGUAAUAAAAUCCAAUAAUAAUAAAGCAUUUAUAUUUCUACCAAUUCGUAUCUUGCUAUUUUUCUUUCACAAAGUGUCACUGUGCCAUCAUUUUGCGGCGUUGAAUGGACGACAUCAAAAGCUUGCAAACAGGGGAUUUCAAACUUAAAAAAAAAAAAAAAAAAAAAAAUCGUGACAUGAUAAAAUUGCUGCAUUGAAUUGCGCUGCCCUUAAAUAUUCACGGACUUUUUUGAGAAUAAUUAAUAACCCUGUUCUGUAGGGUAGGCAAAAGAAAAAUGAUUUCCCAUUUGCCGUGGUGCUCACGCAUGGGAGCUGUAACAUCUCAUUUG